ACACCCUUCCUUUCUCUCUUUCCAUUUUCAAUUUCAAUUUCAAUUUCAUUUCAGUUCCAAUUCCAGUUCAAAUUCUUGUUUGAUUUCCCCCAAAAUCUCAAUCUGUGCCUUUUUUUUUCUGGGUUCUUCUUCGUAUUCAAAUCUUUGAGGUGUAUAAUUUGAUCAUAUAUUCCUAUCAAAAUACUACCUGUAAACAAAUUCCGAGAUUUGAUUCACGCCGCAGCGUCGAUCCCCCGGCGAUUCUUAUUCCACGAUAGCUGAUUGGUUUCUAGCAAGCUGUAUUGUUGUUUCUUCAUACCUGAGGAGGUAUGGAAUCUUCUCCUCUUGACUUCUCUCUGUUUACAAAUUACCUGACGCAAAUUCUUGGAUUUAACUACCACUCUUACCCUAUAUCCUGCCUCGGAUCUAUGGUUUCUGUUUUUGAUUGAAGCCGAUCUGAUCAAUAUGGUUUAACGCAACCUUUUAAUUUGUAGCCAUUUUGGGGAUAAUAUAUCAUCAGGAAAGCUGUUAGAUUGUUGUAUUAUAACAUGGGAUCUGGCAAUAAUGUCAUCAUAUUUGUUUGAUUUAUGUUUCCCUUCUAUUGGUCGACUAUUUUUCUUUCUUUUCCAUAAGAACCAUAACUCUACCUUUUCUUCCUUUGCACGUUACAGCGUUGUUACUUGAUUGAUCGUUUAGUUGACCCAACAAGGGUUUUCGUCUAGACGACUACUACCAUAGCUAACCACACUGCUUUUCAUCAAUGUUAAUACCAAACUUUCGGGAUCAGUUUCCACCAUUUUUAUCUGUUUCGCUUCUAUUGAUCAACCAUUAUCGGUUUUCGUUUAUAACUUGUUGGUUUAUUGUUGCAAACCCUUUUAAAGCAUUACCCGACCUGCAAUUACUUGUGCUCAUUAACUGCAUUCUCAUGUCCCUCAUCGGUUCUAAACUAACGUGUUCUAUGUGAAAAUAAAAGCUUGCAGGCAAUUCAUUUCUCACUCUAUUAAGACAAAGUGGACUCCCUGAUGGAUGUUGGAGAAAGUGUUCAUGUUGUGCAGUUUCUUCCUUUGAUUACUGCCUCCUGACUUUUGGAGAUUUCUGAAGGCCAUCUCCAUUGUAUGUUUUAGGAAUACCUCUGUCACAUAGACAUUUUUAAUCUAUGGGCGAGUGGGUAAUUGGAGCUUUCAUCAACCUUUUUGGCAGCAUUGCCAUUAACUUUGGGACUAAUCUUCUUAAAUUGGGCCAUGACGAGAGAGAAAAACAUGCUGUGCUAGGUAAUGGAGGAAUAAAUGGAAAGACGCUACUGAAGCCUAUCAUAAGUUUCCAGUCUUGGAGAAUCGGUAAAUUAAAAAUUCUCACACUCUUUUUGUCUAUUCUUUCUAAGUUAUGCUUCAUAUCAGUUUAUCCCAUUCUGUUUACAGGUAUUCUAUUUUUUGCUUUUGGAAACGCUCUUAACUUUAUUUCCUUCGGAUAUGCUGCUCAGUCACUUCUUGCAGCAUUGGGAUCUGUCCAGUUUGUGUCGAACAUCGCAUUUGCCUACUUUGUCUUGCAAAAAACAGUGACCGUCAAGGUAUUAGUUGCCACAACUUUUAUCGUCCUUGGCAACACCUUUCUUGUUGCGUUUGGCAAUCACCAAUCACCUGUUUACACACAAGAGCAGUUGGCAGAGAAGUACAGCAACACUACUUUUCUUCUUUACUGUGUGCUUUUGAUCUUGGUGGUUGUCAUGCAUCACUAUGUAUACAGGAGAGGAGAGCUGUUGCUUGCUAUUCCAGGAAAGGAUCUUAUGCCCUACUGGAAGUUGCUGCUUCCCUUUUCAUUUGCUGUAGUUUCAGGAGCCAUAGGAUCCUGUUCAGUUCUCUUUGCAAAGUCCCUUUCAAACCUUUUAAGAUUGUCCAUGUCAAGUUCAUAUCGCUUGGAUAGCUGGUUCACAUAUUCCAUUCUUUUAUUGUUUCUAUGUACUGCUGGAUUUUGGAUGGCAAGGUUGAAUGAAGGAUUAUCACAGUUCGAUGCGAUACUUAUAGUCCCCAUGUUUCAGAUAGCUUGGACCUUUUUCUCGAUUUGUACUGGAUUUGUGUAUUUCCAGGAAUAUCAGGUAUUUGAUGCCUUGAGGACAGCAAUGUUUAUUCUGGGAAUGAUUUCAGUAUUCAUAGGAAUUUCGUUGCUGGCUCCUGAUGACUCGAAAGGGGGAGAAGUGAAAGAUAAUAUCUUAUCAUCUGUGGCCUCAUCUAAUGUCACAUCUGAUGUAGAAAGGUUGGUCAAGCCAUGUGAAGAUUCACCAAUCAAGGAUUUGAAGUCGCUUGCACGAGCAAUGGCAACAAAAGCCUCAGCUGCGGCUGUGAAGGCAAAGAGUACUUGCUCAUUGUUGCUGGGUAUGGGAGAUGAUACAAUGCAUGCUUCAUCAGUUCUUGCAAUGCCGAUGGUUUCAUCAAAAAUGACAGGUUUCAGAGGAGGAGAUAGAUCCAAAUUGAUAUCGUUAAGAAGCCCAACGGGGUGGAGUAGGAUUCCGGUAGAGGAAACUGUAAAUAUGCUGGAUACUACUUCAAGUGAAGAGGAUUAGUUGACAUGAAAUUCAUUGAUUGAUUGGCUCUCUUUGUGCUUCUAUAGUCAUCACAGCCAAAAGCCUAAAGGGAGUAUGUUUGUAGUAACUGAUUUGGGGAAGAGGAAGGUACCACUGGGAAAAGAUGUUGUAUAGUUGUUUGAUUUGAUUGGAUUUGGAUGUAUAUCAACUUUGAUUCUUGAAAUUCUUUUGUUUGUCAAAAUGUAAUGUAGUCUGUUCUUUAUAUUUUAUUAUUAUACUUUGUAAUAUCGAUCAUUUCUUUCUGGGUUAUGUUAUAUACAACCUAUUUCAUGUCA